AUGAACUCUAUUAUCCACCCAUGUUUUCAUCCCAACGAUGAUAACAUCAAUGAAGCUGAGGAGGAGAGACUGAGGAAGCUAUUUGAAAUGGAAGGAAAACAAGUUGUUCCUAAACAAGAAUGUGAAGUGUCAGAUUCUAAUAUAAUAACACCAGGAACUGAGUUCAUGCAUCAACUCUCAAAGAUAUUAUUGUAA